UUUGAUAUAACUAUGUGAUCCUAAAUUUUAUAUCACACUUUUUAAAACUUUAAGAACUACAUUGACUUUUAAUUUUUUCUAGUAUGGAGAUGUUUCAAAGAUAAAAUUCCAUACUUUAAAAUAUAUUUUAGGUAUAAAACCAAAUAUGCAAGUUCUAACUGGUUUUUGUCCUAAUUCAGAUUGUGGAAAGCAACUCUAUUUUGCAUCAGAUGUGGAGUCAUUAGUUGAAUGCACUGGUUGCUCGCAGGAUCACUAUCCCAAAAACCUGAUUGAUGUGAAGCCAGUUACAAAUCCAACAUUAGCUAUACAAAAUUUGCUUCAAAGCAUGUUAGUUAAGGCUUUACCUGUGUCAUAUAAAAGGAACAAUGACUCCAUUAAAGUGAAAGGUUUGUCUAAUUAUGGCAGCAAAUUAAUAUCACCUUUGUUAACUAGGUAUGGUUUAGAUAAGUCUACACAACAAGUUAGGUUAUUAGAGACAAUGGGGCAAGGUGAUACUUUUGACUGUUCACAUUUAGCGGAUUAUGCAUUUCGAAUUGAGGAAAAAAAGUUGCUUAUAUCCGGAUACGGACGUGACGUGUCUGCUGAGUAUCUGGCUGACACGUUAAAAGAAAUUUCCAAUGUGAAUGAUAAUGAGGAAAGGAUUGUUCCAAUUCAUGCUGAUGGGGAUGGACAUUGUUUAUUACAUGCUGUCUCAAGGGCAUUAGUAGGACACGAACUGUUUUGGCAUCCGUUAAUGAAGAAUUUAAAGGAUCAUUUAAUUUUGCGUAAGGAUGAUUACAAAAAUCUUCUAUCAGAUUUCUUUGAAGAUUCAGACUGGGAUAGUAUAAUCAGGGAAGCAGACCCUAAUUAUCUUCCUGCAACAGGAGAGGUCUUUGGAUUACGAAAUAUACACAUAUUCGGACUUGCAAAUGUAUUGCAUCGGCCAAUUCUUCUUCUUGAUAGCUUAGAAGGUAUGCAAUCAAAAGGUGACUAUGCUGCCAUGUUUGUCCCAGCAUUAACUCCUGUUGAAAAAUGUCAAAACAAAGAAAAAACCCUGCACAAACCAAUUGUAAUUGCAUGGAGUAGUAAAGGUCGAAAUCAUUUUGUUCCACUUGUUGGGAUCAAGGAGAAGCCAUUGCCUAAAAUACCGAAUUACAUGUUACCAAAACUUUGGGGUUUACCACAGGAACUUUUAACACAGUAUAUUGAUUUCGAUAGUGGGUCAUGUAUCAUUGGUGGUGGAAAAGCUUUAACUGAACAAUAUUUAACAAAACUAGCUACAGCAAUGGAAAAACACUUCACUGUAUUGAAUGGUGUUGCUCCAAUUGUAGUUCAAGAUGUCUAUCAAUAUAUUAUUCAACCAAAUAGUGCGAUACAAGUCACUACAGAGGUAGUCACUGAAACAGCUCGAAGUAUUGUUAAGGAAGAGAGAUUGUACAGAUGUUUGUUAUGCAAAGUUGUUUUUGAAGAAGCUAAUCCUUGUCAACUUUCUUGGCUUGAACCAGACGGAGAAUUGUAUGAAAUUGCGAAAAAAACACAUGGCACUUUAAAAGAUGGCUACAAGUACAAAUUUCCCCAUCAUAAUAAUAUUACUUGUUCUUAUAAUGCUGCAAAAGACAGACUGAUGUUUGUUCAAAACGUUGACACUUUAAGAUGUAAACAUUGCCAGGGAAGCAUGCGCAUGUUAAAAGCUGAUGGCAGUCUUGUAUAUUUCAAUGGUGAUCAACUGUUGACACCAGCUUCAAAGCAAAGUAAAUGCAAUUGUGGAUUUAAACAUUACUGGGAUGGCAAAGAAUAUGAUAAUUUGCCAACAAAUAUACCUGUUUUGCUGGAAUGGAAUAACGAAACAAAGUCUGAUUUUGUGUAUUGGUUCCAAGAUGAAUCAAACAAAUCUCUUAAUUCUAAUGUAUACGAACUUGCACAGAAUGUUGUACAAAAACACUUUCCUGGCGAGUUUGGCAGUGAACGUUUGGUUCAGAAAGUUGUUGAUCAAAUAUUGAGAGUAACUUUAUCAAAAAAGUCAGAGGAGAAAAAUAAAACCUCCAUACCAGCAGAAGUACCACCAACUCCAACUAAAAUUAUUUUGACCGGAGCAAAAUCUAAAACAUUGCACAAAGAAGAAUUAAAUACUAGCUUAAGUGAAAAAAUUUUGAAGAAAAAAAUUGAGCAUGGUGCGUCACUCAAGCAGAAAAGGUCAAGUACAUCCCCCUUAAAACAGUUAUUGCAUGGGGAAGAACACACUAAGAAACUCCCGGAGGAAAAGUCAGGUAUGCAACAAGAAACAAAGAAGGCCUUACCAAGGGUACCCAAAAUUCGUAUUUCACUUGCAAAUUCAAGAACAAGUGAAGUUUUUACACUGAGAGAAGACACAAUGUAUGCUGACUUACAAAGUUUUAUUGAAGAGAAGUUUUAUGUACCAAAACAAGAACAGAUUAUUAAAUAUGGAUUCCCACCUAAAACGUUACAAAUUCCGUCUGAGUCAUCAACAUUAUUUAGUAUGAAACCAGGUGAAAGGCUUACUGUACAUGGGAUGAAAGAACAAAAAGUUGACACAGCUGAAAGUGUUAAAAUGGAAGUGGACCUUCUGAACGAAACAACAACUGUAGAAACCUCAACUGAAACAUCUGCUAAUGAAGACAUAGAGCCAGAUAUGUUCUCAUCUUUUUUUUCAAGCUUGUUACAAAAUGUCAAUUUAUGGGACUGGGCAUGUACUCAGCGCAGUUUGUUUCAACCCAAUGGCAUAUUUUAUAAGCAAGCUGUAAAAGAUCUUGGUUUUCUCAAGAAUAAUCAACACAUAUCGUUACCAUAUUUUCCAAAUAAAAUUUUUUCUUAUCACGAACAAUCGGAUGAACUCUUUUUGUGUCUUGGAGAGACACACGUGCAUGUUCAGGAGUUAACUCCAGAACAGUUAAUACUUGCUGAAAAGCAAACUGAAGUUAAAAAUAAAAAAGUCUCCAUGCAUACGGUCCAGACAGAGUCACAAUCAAGCUUGUUCAGUACUUUAUCUCAUUCCAUGUCCACAAAGUCAAACGUUGUUGCAUUUUCUGGUGUUGGACAUUCAAUGGUUGAUAACACUGCCAGUGAUACUACCCUACCAACUGCUGCCCAUCUGCAGAAUAAUGUAAAUUUUAUAACAAACGAAAAUGCAGGUAAAGCUCAGCAAGACUCAAGCAGAGAAAGCAUCACUGACCGAUUGGACAAAGAAAAUGUAACAGACCAAUUAAAUCAUAAAAACAUCGUAGAACAAUCGAGGCAAGAAAACAUGAUAGAACAGUCGAAUUAUGAAGACAUCACUAAUCAAUCAAAACAAGAGAGCAUCCCAGACCAAUUAAACCAUGAAAAUGUCAGAGAACAAACAAACCAAGAAAAUGUAAGAGAACAAUGUGACCAUGAAAACAUCACAGAACAAUCGGACCAAGGUUAUAUCUCAGAAAAAUUAAACCAUGAAAAUGUCUUUGAUCAGUCGAAACAAGAAAGUAUGGAACAAUCGAGUCAAGAAAACAUCACAGACCAUAUAACACAUAAAAACAUAAAAGAAUCAAACCAAGAAAACAGUACAGAGAAAACGCUUGCAGACAACAGCAAGAAUGAAAGAACUACAAACGAUUUGCAAGAAAGUAAUAUUGAUGAAACAAUGCAUGUCGAUUCUGAACCAAUUGGAAACUCAAAUACUGAUGGCUUGUCGAAUAGAAUGAUUGAGGAUGCGACGUCAUGAGUUCUUAUAAGAAUGGAAAUAUAAAUUUGUAGCAAUUUAAAUGUUACAUGAUAUUUAUAAAUCGAGUUAGUUCAACUUGUUCAUAUAAAGUAGGGAGCUAAAAGAAUUAGCCAGAAUUAAUUUUUUGAAACUCUGAGCAUAUACACGUUUUAAGAGGAAAUUUAAAUGACUUUGUAUUAACUGUACAGUUUAAAGAAAGUAAUGGAAGAAAUACUCUCGAAAAUGAUCGAGCAUUUUGCUAUAGUUUUGAAAGGUUGUUUUGUUUUGUUUUUUUCGUUCUAAAAACAAAAAAGGGCUGCUUGUUUUUGUCAAACUUCUGACAGGAAAAGAAUCGUAACAUGUGAAAUGAUGACGGUAGAUGUAUACCUAAUCCGUCUUUCUUAAAAGUAUUUUUGUAUUUAAGAACUAUUAUAGCUUUGCAAUGAGUAGAGUAAGUUUUCUGUGUAGGAGUUCUCUAAUUAUUUCAAAUAAAAUAUACAGUAUUUUCGCAGUCUGUACAGUCAAAUUUGAGGGUGGAAAAACGUUUCGAAAAAGAAACAUCGUUUUUGUUUGUGCUUAUUGACGUCACAAAAGCAUCAACGUUUUUAGACAAGUGAUUUUUUUUGGAAAGAAAUUUUUACCAUGGCAAGUUUGGCUGUAUAUUUUAACUGUAUGAUAUGCUGGUCAUGUGAUCUGUAUUUUAAAUUCUUAGUAAAUUAUAUGAGAAACAUUUGAUGUCCUGAUGUACACUUUAUUUUUUAAGUUCGUUAUAGCGAGAGUAUAAAAAUCAUAUUUGUAAAAUAAUUUUGAACAAAAAAACGAAGUUCACACUUUU